CCGAAGAGGAGGACAACGCCCUCCCCGGCGCGCACCCCUCGCAGCUGCCGAUGCAGCUGCAGCACGACGCGCCGCUGCGCCACCACCACCUGGUCAAGGCGCAGAUCACGCAGCUGGGCGCCGAGAGCCGGUCGCUGAGGGACAGCUACCUGCAGCUGCGCAAGCAGAUGCGGCGCCUGGAGAAGCAGGUACACACCGCCGUGCUGCGGCCCGCCCGCCUCGAGAGGGUCGCCGACGACAGCGGCUCGGACAGCGUGGAGGUGCUGCAGCGGCUCGCCGCGGUCGAGAACUCUACACGGUCGCUGUCGCAGUCCGUGUGGAACGCGACCCGGCACGUCGCCGGCCUCGCGGCGCUGCGCGGCUCCACGCUGCAGCUCCUCGAGUCGCUCGAGAGCCUCGAGACCAAGGUGGACGCCAGCGUGCCGGCCGUGCAGCGCGAGAUCUCGCGCCUCGAGUUCUCGCUGGCGCAGGUGCGCGCCGUGGCGCACGAGAACAAGGAGGACCAGGAGAACCAGCGGGCCUCGCUCAAGGCCAUGGCCGCCAGCCUGUCCACCCUGCAGGAGCGCGCCGCGGCCGACCACGCGCUGCUCGGCGUGCUCGAGCAGCAGGUCGUCAACGCCACCGAGAGGCAGGAGGCCAUCCAGGAGGCCAUGGUGAAGCCCCGCCACCACGCCAAGCACGAAGACGACGAGGUCGCUGUCCAGGUGGACCAGGUCGCCGACGACGCCUCCGUCCCCCGGCUCGUGGACGAGCUCAGCCAGGUGCAGGCCGAGUACGAGGACAUCGUGCACAAGCUGCCCAAAGGAAACGUCUUGGGUACUCCAGGUGAUCCGCUUCAAGAAGUCCCUGCCUAA